AUGGAGUGGGAUAGUGACUCGGAGUCUGAUCUGAGUGGUGUGGAGGAGGAGGAGGCAGGUGAAGGGUUGGGUUUUUGGUUGAGGAAGAGCGGUCCAGGUGAACUACCGUUUCCCGUGGACACACUUCUGCAGCCGGCUCCUUGCGGGUUUACUGUCACGGAUGCUUUGGAGCCUGACAAUCCCAUUAUUUAUGUAAAUUCCGUGUUCGAGAUGGUUACUGGAUACCGCGCAGAGGAAGUUCUUGGUCGCAACUGUCGUUUCCUGCAAUGCAGAGGUCCAUUUGCUAAGCGAAGACAUCCACUGGUGGACUCCACAGUAGUAGCUGAAAUAAGAAGAUGCCUUGAGGAAGGGAUCGAGUUUCAAGGCGAAUUGUUAAAUUUUAGAAAAGAUGGAUCCCCAUUGAUGAAUAGAUUGCGUAUGACCCCAAUUUAUGGGGAUGAUGAUACAAUAACACAUCUCAUUGGUGUACAGUUCUUUACAGAAGCGAAUCUUGAUCUGGGGCCACUUCCGGGAACUUCAGCAAAGGAAUUUGCAAAAGCUUCUGAGAAAUUAAGAUUUAAUUCUUCUCCUCGUCAAGUAGCGUUAGAUGGGAACCGUAACACUAGUCUUGGGGUUUGUGCAUUACUGCAGUUAAGUGAUGAAGUCCUUGUUCUGAAGAUUCUUUCACGUUUGACUCCAAGAGAUAUAGCAUCUAUUAGUUCUGUCAGUUGGCAGCUUUAUGAGCUUACAAAGAAUGAAGAUCUGUGGCGAAUGGUCUGCCAGAAUGCAUGGGGUAGUGAAACGACUCGAGUACUAGAGACAGUGCCUGGUGCUAAACGAUUAGGAUGGGGUAGAUUGGCAAGAGAACUUACCACUCUUGAAGCAGCAGCAUGGAGCAAGCUAACUGUUGGAGGUUCCGUUGAACCUUCUCGCUGCAACUUCAGUGCAUGUGCUGUCGGGAAUCGUGUGGUUCUGUUUGGUGGGGAGGGCGUCAACAUGCAACCUAUGAAUGAUACCUUUGUGCUGGAUCUGAAUUCCAGCAAUCCUGAGUGGCAACAUGUCAUAGUAGGCUCCCCACCUCCUGGGCGUUGGGGUCAUACACUUUCUUGUGUCAAUGGAUCUCAUCUUGUUUUGUUUGGAGGCUGUGGGAGGCAAGGCUUACUCAAUGAUGUUUUCGUGUUGGAUUUGGAUGCCAAACACCCUACGUGGCGGGAAAUCUCCAGUUUGGCCCCUCCACUUCCUAGAUCUUGGCAUAGCUCCUGCACCCUUGAUGGCACGAAGCUGAUAGUCUCUGGCGGUUGUGCAGAUUCCGGGGUGCUUCUGAGUGACACUUUCCUGCUCGAUCUUUCAAUGGAGAAACCGGUGUGGCGAGAGAUACCGGUAGCAUGGACUCCACCAUCUCGUUUGGGCCACACGCUGUCGGUUUAUGGUGGUAGAAAAAUUUUGAUGUUUGGUGGUCUUGCCAAAAGUGGUCCUCUGCGGUUUCGGUCCAGCGACGUGUUCACUAUGGAUCUGAGUGAGGACGAGCCAUGUUGGAGAUGUGUAACUGGAAAUGGGAUGCCUGGUGCUGGAAAUCCAGGAGGAAUAGCUCCACCCCCUCGACUUGAUCAUGUGGCUGUGAGCCUCCCUGGUGGUAGAAUCCUCAUAUUCGGUGGCUCUGUGGCUGGUCUUCAUUCCGCAUCCCAGCUUUAUAUACUCGAUCCAACUGAAGAAAAGCCAACAUGGAGAAUACUAAACGUACCAGGACGGCCCCCAAGAUUUGCUUGGGGACACAGCACAUGCGUCGUUGGAGGCACGAGGGCUAUAGUUCUUGGAGGUCAAACUGGGGAAGAGUGGAUGCUGAGUGAACUUCAUGAACUAUCAUUAGCAAGCUGUCAUCUAAUCUAG